AUGAGCCAGUACGUUCAUGUAUCCGAGAAUGAAGGCGACGAGCCUAUGGAAAUACCCACUGAAGAAGACGGGACCCUUUUGUUGACAACUUUAUCAGCUCAGUUUCCCGGGGCUUGUGGUCUGAAAUAUCGUAACCAAGAAACUGGAACGCUGAGAGGGAUUAGAUUAUCUGACGGACGCCUUUACCCCCCUGACGUGGACUGGGGCAGACAUGUCUAUAUCGUUGUGUUUCCAAAAGGCGAGAAUUCAAAGGAAAAUUCAACCCGUGCUUCAGAAUCUUCACUGUCUGUCAAAUCGUACAGGCGUCUUGACCGUCAGAAAUGUAGUGACCUCAUUGUGCUAGGUCUUCCUUGGAAAAGCACCGAAGAGGAUCUUCGGAAGUACUUCCAGCAGUUUGGAGAGCUUCUGAUGGUUCAGGUUAAAAAGGAUCCCAAAUCUGGACAGUCAAAAGGAUUUGGCUUUGUGAGGUUUGCUGAUUACGAGUCCCAGUUGAAAUGUAUGGCACAGAGACACAUGAUUGAUGGCAGGUGGUGCGAUGUACGGAUACCAAACUCAAAGGAGGGUGCACAACAAAUGAUGAACCGCAAAGUGUUUGUGGGGAGGUGCACUGAGGACAUGACAGCAGACGACUUGCGAAAUUACUUUAGCAAAUACGGGGAAGUGGUUGACGUGUUUAUACCGAAGCCCUUUCGAGCUUUCGCCUUUGUUAGUUUUGCUGAUGCUGAGACUGCACAAUCACUGUGUGGAGAGGACCACAUUAUCAAAGGAGCCAGUGUACAUAUAAGUGGAGCGGCACCGAAAGCUAAUGAAAAGUUUGAUAGGCGGAUGGUACCAAACCAUGGCCACGUGGCUUACCAAGGGUCUUGGGGUCCUGGACGGGGCGGAAACCCGAACCCAGCCAACACUAACAUGGGAAUGAAUGCCAGCAUGGGCAGCAACAUGGGUAUUGGCAACCUGGGACUGAAUGCUCUACAGCUCAACCAUGCUAUGCUAGCUGCCGCCCAGGCUGUUCUCAGUAGCCAGACUGGCUGGGGCCCCCUGGGGCUGACACAUCAGAGUGGAAACCCCACCACCAACGGGGACCCCCUGGUUGUGGCCACCACAACCCAGGCCGCCCCUCACACCAUCAGCACCUCCUAUGCUCCAGCACCUAUGGCCACCUCAAACGGUGCGGUGGGCACUGCCGGCGGAGGGGCCAGCAACAGCUUUCUUGGUUGGGGUAGCCAGACAGCGGAGAUGCCUCCGGUGCCGCACACUGUAGCCACCAGCCAACAAGUCCCCAACUGGGGCAGCAUGCCGGCCAAGGCAGGCUCUGGGUGGAAUUGA